UACAUAUACAUAUGUAUAAGGACCUAACAGUACUUUAGAUUUCAAAAAAAUAUGCAGUGAGAAUUUAGAGGUCGUUUAUUUCGGGCGCUGUAAGCUUCAUUGACUGCAUUCAGGGCUACGUUCCAAAACUCUACUCUAUCAACUCUUACGAACCCAGAGUAGUGGGGGAAAGAGUAACAUAGAGUUAGUUACUAGAGUUGAAUACAUUAAGAACGGAAAAGAGUAAGUAGUAAGAGUAAGUAAGAGCUAAUAAGUAGAGAAUAUGGAGAUAUCCAAAUUUAUAUGCAUUGCGAUUAACGAAAUGUUAAAAAAACGCUCUAGAAUUAGAUCUAAAUAGCAGUGACAGUGAAGAUGAAAUAGGUGAUUUAUUGUAUCUCGUGCAACAUUUUCGAUUGAGAGGAAAACGAAUAAAAGUCUUGCGAUUAAAAGGUUAUGUAGAUAAUAUAGUGCCUAGAUUUUCGACGCGACAAUUUAAGGAACAUUUCCGCAUGACUCCAAAUACUUUCCACUUACUGGAAAAUAAAUUGAGUUUAAUGCUAUCGAAGCAGAAUAAUAUGGGAAGAUCUGUUAUAUCUCCAAGAGUGCAAUUACUUGCCACAUUGUGGUUGCUGGCAACACCCGAUUCUUACAGAUCUGUUGGACUUAAAUUUGAUCUAGCUAAAUCAUUAUUAAAUCAUUGUGUACGACGUGUUAUUGACGCUCUUUGUAAAAUAUCAAAUACAAUUAUUCAAUGGCCAUCUGUAGAUCACAUGGACAUUGUAACACAACAAUUUAAAGAUAUAGCUGGUCUUAAACAUGUGCUCGGUGCUAUUGAUGGCACACAUAUAGAAAUUCCAGCACCAUCUAUACAGCCUGAAUGUUAUUUAACACGAAAGUGUAGAUAUGCAAUAAGUCUUCAAGCAAUCUGUGAUGCUAAAUUAAAAUUUAUUGAUUGCUAUGCUGGUUAUCCAGGCUCCGUUGGUGACCUUCGAGUCUUUCGCAACUCUAACUUUUGGCACAGUGUUCACAGAAAUCCAACUUUGUUCUUUCCCAAUGAAGAAUUCAUUGUAGGAGACAAAGCUUACCCUAUACGAAAAUGGUGUCUGACAGCUUAUAGAGACAAUGGUCAUUUAUCAGAGGUUGAAAAUAAUUUUAAUGAAGUUUUAUCUCAAACUAGACAAACAAUUGAACGUGCUUUUGGUUUAUUGAAAGGCCGUUUUCGACGUUUAAAAUAUCUCGAUAUGCAUAGAACGGAUUUGAUACCAGCAACGAUUCUGGCUUGUUGCGUUCUUCACAAUAUAUGUCUGAAUAAUGUUGAUAUUUUGGAAGAUAAUGAUAUUUUGGAAGAUGAUGUUACAAAUCAAAAUAUAGAUAUAGCAAUUGAAGAUGAUGAACAUGAUCAAGAUGAUGAGGGCAUAGCUAAACGCAAUUAUUUUGCAAUACUUUUACAUCGCGAAAGAUCGUAAUAAAUGUUAAUAAUUAACGUUAUACAUGUAUA